AUGCAUACUGUUUACCAUUCAUCACCCACCCUCUCUCCAUCUCUCGCUCUCUCUCUACACACACCACUGCUUUCCAUUCAACUACCCUGCCUCACACAGACUUGCAUGCAAGCAUACACACACAUACACAUGCAUGUCAGUAAAAACACACACACACACACACACCCCACCCCCUGCUGGUCUCCUUUCCGGCGGCAGGUAGCCUGGUGGGUAGGAGCGUUGGGCCAGUAACCGAAAGGUUGCUGGAUCGAAUCCCUGAGUUGACAAGGUACAUAAAAAUAUGCCAUUCUGCCCCUGAGCAAGGCAGUUAACCCACUGUUCCCCAGGCGCCGAAGACGUGGACGUCGAUUAAGGCAGCACUCCGCACCUCUCUGAUUCAGAGUAGUUGGGUUAAAUGCGGAAGACACAUUUCAGUUGAACGCAUUCAGUUGUACAACUGACUAGGUAUCCCCCUUUCCCUGUCCAGUCCUGACAUUGCUAAUGAUUCUCACUGGGGCACAGGAUGGUGGGUGACAGAGGCAGACCAGGGCGGGGGGUGAAUGUGGGGUGAAUAGGGCGAGGCGCGGGGCGAUGGUGGUGGGCCGUGGGCCGUGGUCCUGCUUUCUGCAUGGUGGAAGGUUGGAGGAUGCUCAGACACUGGGAAGAUGGUAAUUUAUUACAUUUAAGACAGUCAUAUCAGCCUGCAUUCAGAUCACUGGCUGGGCGAGAGGGUGGGAGGGGGAAGGUAAACACAAAGGAGGAGAAAUUGGGAGCAGAGGAAAUGGAGGACAGUAGUAGGAAAUAAUGUGCAAUGGGAGAAUUUAGCCCCAGGCAUGAUGCAUGUUUUGCUUAUUUCUGUAUCGUUAGGGUAUUUAUAAUUCAAAUAUAUGCCUUUGAUAAUUCACCAGCAUAGAAUAUCAAAGGUCAGUGUGUAAGAUUUUUUUUACACAUAAAAAAUUAUAAAUUAAGUUUAUUUUUUGGCAAAAAGAAAUGACCACAUGAUUAAGGCUAUAUUUUUCUUCCUCGUUGUGUUUGUAAUGAUGAAGAUAAAAGUGAGUAGUUUUUUUCAUUUUAUUUCAAUUUCUGUAAGUUUAUCUCAAAGUAGCUUGUCAAUUUCAAUCAAAGUUAAGGUAAAAUUAUGCAAUAUUAAUUAAAUAAACAAAAAUAUUUUGCUUGGUAGACUGUAUUUUUUUAAGUUUUUCAAUAAGGUUAUGGAUAAUAUUAAUUACACAUAAUAUGUUGUUAUAGGUCUAUAUAAACCAAAAAAAUAUACAAUUUUAAAACAAAAUAUUGUUCAAUCACAAAGGUCGGGAGGCUCAUUUCCUCGAGCCGCUAAAUGGCAAUGGAAUUCAGUAACUUCGUAACCAUUUCAGAUCCAAUUGGUUUCAUAAGGUGUCAUCUUCAGAAGUUAGGGCAGGUUUAUCAGUGAUGUCACUCCCAUUAUUCUCUAACGUUACAUUGAAAUUGGAGUAGCCUACAGAAGAGUCAAAUCGUCUGUUAAACUAGGCCUUGAGUUGGUAGCCAUAGGACUAACCUACAGAUCUUCAGACAGCUAUAGGCACUCAGGCUUACAUUUUUUAAGUGGAGGGUCUGAUAUCAUAUGUCAGUGAAGUGAGGUAGUGUUCUUGUUGACCCGAACCAAUUAUUUUGGUAGGCUAGGUAGGCUAUACUUACCCGAACUGUAAGCCUGCAGGAGAGCGAAGAGGGAACAGAUUUACCAAGAUCCGAAGUUUUAUUUUUGUAUUCCGCAUAUGAACCGUUUUAAACAAACAUUCGAAGAAAUGUGGUCGUUGCCAAGCUGCUGUUGUUUUUAAACAUCGGAAUCAAACAAAUUCCUCUCUCCAUAAGCUUCAGGGGUGGAACAAGAUGGGUUAGGCCAUACAAUGUCAUUAUGUCGAGUUUGUUUUACUCCAAUGGACUAUAUUUACAUGUAAUUUAUUUAAUUUGAAUAAAAAUAUAGAUCUGUUCUUUAUUGCAAUCUAAUAAUGGAGCGAAUAUUUAUAUUUUGUUAUUUGGGUUUGUAUAUACUGUUUUUCCAUGAUUUUUUUUUAUUCUAAAGUAAAUUCUUGACUAUCACAAAAUGCACAUUUAAUUUACAGUAAUUAUAAACCUAUCUACUAUCUUUACUUUUCCUGUUCUUCAAAAACGUUAAUUAUUUCCUCCCUGCAGUCAAGUAAAAAAAGUAUUAGAAGAUAUGCCUAUUAUUAGCCUUGUAAAAUCAACUAUCUUCCUUUUAUGUGAAUAAUAGUUUAUAAUUAUGUAUAAAUGCAUUUCAUAACUGCCCAUGUUCAUGUCCAAAUCAUUUUAACUUGGACUACACCUUACCUUCAAAUCAGGAUGUUUCAUAAUGUAUUUCAGACAUUUGUCACAACAAAAUCAUAAGGAUAUCUAUCUUUAUCUGUCCAGUAUCUCUCUGUAAACCACAUAAAUUCCUUGAUGCGCAUGUUGUUGGUCCAGAAGGCAAGUCUUGUUCGAAAAAAUCUAGUAGGCAUUUAUUUUGCCUACUUUAAUAGAAAAAAAGGUUCUACAUAACCAAAACAUGUUAUUUCGCUUGCUUCACGUGGAACCCCUAAAGGGUCUAUAUAUAGGACUCCAAUGAACCCUUUUUUCUAAGAGUGUAGGGUGUCCAUGUCAAGGAAGGGAACGCCGAGAGACUGGGAGAAUUCGAGCCAACACGCCUACAGCAUUCCCACAAGCAUUCCCACAUUCUCAGACACAAUACGAUGACCACUGUAUACAGUGUCUGUUAGUGUAAACUAUGUUAACUGCACUGUUAUCCAAACCAGGCGCGCGACCAGCAGGCCUACUUCAAGGCACCCAGAUCUGUCAUAAAAAACAAAAUAUGUGCUCAAAUUAUUUUAAAUAUAGGCUAAAAGUAUGCCAUAUAAAAAAUAUGUCAAGGCUCAUUGGUGAGGCUAUUUGCGCAGAAAUUCAACUCCUGUUUUUGUGCCUAUCCAUAGGCUAUGCUAUGCAUGACAUAGCCUAAUGUAAGCCUAUGAUUUUACCUGGAUCAUAACUACAGAAAGGGGGAAAUAAUUGUUCCUUUUUACCAUACUCCAAACCCUUAGGGUUAUCAUUCUCACCUCUUCUCAAGACUGCACUUUUCCCAUCUCAAGGCUUUUGCGCCAGAACCCUUGCGUUAAAGCAUCAGAUAGUUGGGCAAGUUAGGUCAUUUAAGCAAACAAAUGCAGUUUUCUUGACGGUAACGUUAAAGGGGAAGAGUUAGUGUUGAAUUGCCAUCUACCAAAUUAUUUUCUUGGUGACAGUUAUUUUGCGUCACCCUCUCCCUUAUCCAAUGCAAACAACAUUCGCUGGCGUGUCACAGGCAUUGCUCCAAUCCCCCUUUAUUUAGCAGUAUGGGACUGGUUGCACCCUCCCUCUUUCCGGGUUCUGUCAUCACCUUCUCCCGCUGAUCAGUGGAGCCAGUCUAUCCUAUAAGCGCGCUCACAGCCAACCUGCCAACAUUCGCUGACACCCUCACAUUUCAGAGCGGGAGGAAAUGGCCACGAGGACCGACGCAUCGAUAUAGUGUGUUUAUCCUCGGACGUUCUUUCUUAUUAGAUUUAAUUCAAAAGCGGUGCGUUGGAGGAAUAGACUGCCUUCUGGAACUAGUAAUCUCUGUACACCAUAUUUAGAUUACCUUGACAACCGGUCUCAGUGAUUGACAGCAGGACCGAUACAUGUGCGUUGUCCGAUGCGCUUUUUGGAAACAACUUUUAACCGAAGGUUCUAGUUGGUCUUAUCCGUUAUGGUGAUUUUUCCAUUUAGGCUAUUGCAAUAUUUUUUUUCUUGUUGAAAAAUACACAUCUUCACCUUGUUGCGGGUUUCUUCUUUAUUGCCACUGCGGAUUAUAAUUCUCAACUGGAUGUAAAAGGCAUCAAUUUGAUACACCACCUUCUCUGCGGACUGACACUGUACCUGACCACCCUCUGCGGACUGACACAGUACCUGACCACCUUCUCUGCGGACUGACAUAGUACCUGUUUCUUACCUCUUUAUCUCCAAGACAAGCGCAUGUCGAUGGCUCAAAGGGUAGGGCUUAGUGCACUUGCAAUGUACAAUCUCUUAGUUGACUUUAAACGCCUGCCACAUAUUAAUCGAACUGAACUUUGCAAUUUCCUUUUGGAAUACCCAUAAGUAAUCUGGACAGGCUGAGAACAUCUCAACUCUCCACAUACAAGUAGCCUACAAGUUGAUAUUUCUAAGCAGUCUGCACCCUGUAUUAGAUUAGUUGUUCUGUUUUCCAUCCAUGGGGAAUUUGAUUAAAUUAAUGUUCACUGUCAUUAUCAUGCGUAAAGGCUUGUGUUUUGGGCGAUGUCUGUAUCCUACGAUAUGUCCGUGAUAGAAGCAUACCAACAGUGUCCACGAGUUUCUCACAUUUACCUCUGUCUUUCUCCAUCCAGUACGAUGAGCUGUCCCACUAUGGUGUUGGAAUGGACGGAGUUGGACUCCCGGCGUCCAUGUAUGGAGACCCGCAUGCUCCUCGGCCGCUUCCGCAAGUCCACCACCUGAACCAUGGUCCGCCUGCACAUCCAACCCAGCACUAUGGAGCCCACGCACCCCACAACAUCAUGCCCAGCAUGGGCAGCGUGGUCAACGACGCACUAAAAAGAGACAAAGAUCAAAUCUAUGGGUGCGCAUCAAAAAUAUUCCACCUUUUUGUCUACUAGGUUUUCCUAUUCUUGUUAUACCUAUACUCGUUACAUUUAGAAGUUAUUAGAGUAUUUAUUGAUACUUAGAGAAAUUAGAACCAAAUCCUAACUUGACUAGGCUACGUGCGUAAAUCGAAUGUAUGUCAAUUGCACAUUUUGAGCAAAUAAUGUGUUUUACGCGGAUGCACGCAUCUCAAGAUUGUGGCCCUUAUUCUGAGGGGAGACACUUCACAUUUAUCAGCUAUGCUAGGCUAUAAACAAAUACAAGACACGGAUCAUGAAACCUCAAAUACAAUGCAGUCCACUUAAACAAAAUGUUUAUAUAACAUUCCUGGUCUAAUUGAUGUUGAUGUUUUGUCUGCAUCAUGAUGCAGUCACCCGUUGUUCCCUCUGCUCGCCCUGGUGUUUGAGAAGUGUGAGUUGGCGACCUGCACGCCGAGGGAGCCUGGAGUAGCGGGCGGCGAUGUUUGCUCCUCAGACUCCUUCAAUGAAGACAUCGCUGUCUUUGCAAAACAGGUACUUGUGGUUUAUGAUAUGCCCCGUUUUUAUGACCUAAAAUAUAGAUAACGAUAGGAAUAGGGUUUUUUAUACCCUUUAUCUGUGCUUUUAAACGUUCAACAUAUUUUCCUUAAUUUAUUUAUGUUUGAUAAUUGAUGGACGGAUAGAUGGAUUGAUUGAUUGCUUGCCUGUUUGAUUGAUCUAUUGAUGGACUGACUGAUUGAUUGCUGUAUACAGACAAUAGACUAAUAUGAUGUUUUCUCUAUAGAUACGUGCAGAAAAACCGUUAUUUUCAUCGAAUCAAGAGGUAGACAACUUGGUAAGCCAAUUAAAUUAAAUGUCCACCUUUUACGCAUCAAUUGCGCAGCUGGAUAAAUCGUGUGAUAUGGGCUUGUUUGAGUUCACUUUGUUUGAAUACAACAAGAACAUUCAGAACGUUCCAUAGAAGGUGCAACAGGAAACGCAGACGAGUCGUAGUCAAAGGCCUAUUCUGCUCCUCUGCAGCGGCAAGCCGCGGAGGUCCUUGCCUUGGGCAUCCCCAAAGCAGGGACUGUCUAGGAACCAGUUCUGUGCUAAAGCAUCCAUUUGAAUAAGGAAAUACAUUGUUUUAAGUCAUGUAACAUACUGUAACAUAUGACUACUUUACUGUAUAGGCCUGCAGUGUGCAUUCAUUCAUUUAUGUUGUUAUUACAUAGGCCUAGUUACUAUUCAUUUGAGGGAAAACGUGUCAGCAUGACUAAAUCCUAAAUGUUAUAUUUUCUUUUUUUUCCAGAUGAUCCAAGCUAUUCAAGUAUUACGAUUUCAUCUUUUAGAAUUAGAGAAGGUAAAUUAUGUUUUAUUGUAAAUCUUAGCUUUUUUUUUGUUAUUAUAUAUUUUUGUAAGAACGUUAUACAAUCAUUCAUAACAGCACAGUUUUAACUUCUUGAAAUGUAAUAUUUUACUCUAAGUCACAUAGGCCUAAGCAUUGCCUAGGCUGCUGCACCGAGGUCUUGUAAGGGUGCUGCUAACACACAUUUUCAUUGAAUAGGUGCAUGAGCUCUGCGACAAUUUCUGCCAUCGGUACAUCAGUUGUUUGAAAGGCAAAAUGCCCAUCGACUUGGUCAUAGACGAUCGAGAUGGCUGCAAAUCCGAUUUAGAUGACCUGACGGGAUCUUCCGCAAAUCUAGCAGAUCACGUGAGUGUCUAGGUUUCGAAAUGACAUAUUAGUGCUAAUUUUGGCAAGGGGUGCUGCUAAAAGCAUGGUGUUUAGGAUGUACAAACUAUAAUUUCAAGAUCGUGGGCAAUUUAGCAUAAUUGUGAGUCAGUUUAAUAGAUAAGAAAUUGAAUCAGCAGUUUUUAAAAUAAAGGUCUCACAUUUAAUUUACUGGUAACUAUUAAACAAUUAUUGUAUUAAUAACCUAUCAACAAAAAGUAAUUAAAUGCACAUAAAUGUCAGCUAAAUCAGUCCCUUAAUUCAUGUGUGUUCCCAUUUAAUUUUGUCCAGCCUUGUUAAGGGUGUUGUGUACUGAGGGAAGUUUCGUAGAGCUCUCGUGUCUUCUUAACAAGAGGAGGAAUGAGAGAGGGUACUUCCCCUUCAGCUCUAUUGUAGAAAUAAUCGACAUUAUCUGUUAAUCAGAGAGAGAAUGACAAUUAGAUGACAAUGUGUGCUUAUUAGGAAGCACAUUUUAUAUUAGUUUAUAUUAUUUCCUUAAUUGCAUUUUUUAUGUUUUUAAUUUCAGCUAAUAUAUUAGUAAUAGAUCAAUUAAGAUUUAUGAUGAUUAUGAUGGUGAUGAUGAUGAGAAUCAUGUUAAUGAUGGUGGUGAUGAUGAUGAUGAUGGUGGUGUUGAUGAUGAGGAUGGGGUCUGCAUGAUGAAGAGUACAGCUGGAUGUGUCCUGUUGGGUCUUUCCCCUCUCCCUCCCUUCUUAGAGGGCUCUGAGGACUAGCGUUUGAUAUUACACUUGAACGCUAAACCAAUUGGAUUACUAUUAUCGGUAAAGAGGAGGGUCUUUGUCAAUCCAUGGGCCUAUAGGGUGCCCUCUACACGGGCUCUUUCUCCUCCCCCCUGUCACAUGUCAAUUCAGAUGGCAUGGUUCCUUAAUAACCCUAUGAUACUGGAGCAAUGGCAGGAACUUUGAGUUGGGGAGAUUCCUCAUAUUAGAUUGCUGUCCUGUAUACUAAGUAGGUUUAUCAGAAGUAAGCCUCUUAUGACUACCAGAUGAAAUUCUGUCUUCUGUCCACAUUUCAUUCCAUUGCAUUCACAUUUUUAGGUGGUGUUGCAUUUUCUUCAUUCAGUGGUUGUAGACACAAACACACUUUGUAUGUAUUGUGAACAUUGUUCAAGGUUCACUUAUCUGACAGGACAUUCUGCUGCUGGCCGUCCUGUGAUCCAGUUCACCUUUUGUCCAAUGCAUUAUGUACGGGCUGAACUUCUCUGGGUGUUAGGGCACAUGCAGAACAGUGUAUGUGAACGUCUUUGUAAUAUGAUAAUAAUAUACGCCAUUUAGCAGACACUUUUAUCCAAACAGACUUACAGUCAUGCUUCCUACAUUUUACGUAAACACAUUAAACAUGUGGUUUCCAUGUGUUUGAUGCCACUCCCUUUACUCCAUUUCAGCUAUUAUUAUGAGCAGUCCUCCCCUCACCAGCCUCCUGUGGUGUAAGGACAGAUGCAAUACACACGCAGAACGGUGUAUGUGAAUGCCAACCACUCUUUAUGUUGGGCCUACUUCCUGUUUGAAAAGAACAACAUCUGUUUGUGUAGCUGUGUUGAUUAGUGGUUGUGAAGGCAACUUCAGCCUCCAUUUCCAGUCUUUUACAUCUGCAUUAUUUCGGUAACAACUGUCUGAAUUGUGAGACUAAAAGUAACUAGUGUACGUGUGAGAAGUUAAUGAAAAAUCUUCUGGAGUUUACUAAUUCUAUUUCUAAAUUGAAGGCAGGUAAACCUCACAAUGAGGGCAAGUACGUACAGUAUGUCGGCCUGACAAUGCUUCUCUUCGUGACACACCAACUCCGCCUCUCUUUUGGAAAUGUGAGCUCAUAUCCCUAUUAGAGUGAGUCCACAACCCAGCCUAUAUCCAAGAGAGAGCUGCUCAGUAUCCAUGUUUAUAUCAUAAACUUACAGAGUAAGAAGACUCAUCUAAGUUAAGGGACGACUGGCUUGAAAAAUUGCAAUUUCAGUCAGCUUAACCAGCUAGCUGAUACGACAAUUUCUACUGUGAUUGAAGAUCAGUUGAAAUCAGUUAUGAUGUCAUCAGUUGAUUUAUUUGUAUUAUCUUAACUUCUCUACCUUCAUGGAUCUCAGUUUCUAAGAUACAUUUUAAAGAAGGAGAGACCUCACUGUAUCAGUAAUUAAUGUCUUCUUAACAGCUGGGGUGUGAUUGAGUAUAGAACCGCCUUCAUUAGCUUGAUAAACGUGAAAACACAUGGAACUUUGAAUGGGGACGUCACACAAACAGCUUUCUAAUUACUGUGCUUUGGGAUGGAAAAGGGGGCCUGCUCGUCGAGCUCGAUGAGAGGCCUCAUUCACACUGCGCUGCCAUUGUUGCCAUGAUUAUUCUUGUCGUUGGCUGAGCUCUUCAUCUGAGCGCCAUCCGGCGAACAGCUGACGCCAAGAGGCUGAAGAGGUUGCUCUGCUGUUUGGCCCUCAGCUUUAGAUUGUCUAAGUACCCUGGUCCCUGUGUCUAUAUAGCCCAAUAAAUAGGUGUUCAGAGAGACCACUGGGCUUCAUAAUCAGUCAAGACACCGGAGGAUAGAGGAUAGGAAGAAGUGUUGCUGGAGCUCUGGUGCUGAUUGGUUUGGUUCUACAGGAUUAGCUAGUGUAGCUGAAUAUCAGCUUUAACGGUUUUUGUUAGUUCUUUUCUUGGCGCCGUCUCAGUCUCAGGGAAAAUGGUAACUUUGAUUUUGGGGUUAUUGGAUUAUGGAUUGUUUGGACAUGUUCUAUUUUCUUAUUGACGACAUGGUCAUGUUGUUCAAUAUUGUGCACUGUGGUAUAUUGGCUGGGUUUGUGUGUGUGUGUGUGUGUGUGUGUGUAGUGUGUGGUGUGAUGUGCGUUAGCAACAUUGAUGUUGAGUAAUGUAUCUGUAUCCACGUCUCUCAUGUGAUCUCCUCUCUCCUCUCUCUCUGUCUCUCUCUCUGUUCCUGCUCGUCUCCUCCUCUCUCUCUCUCUCCUCUCUCUCCCUCCCCCCGUCCUCUCUCAUCUCUCUCUCCUCACGUCUCCCUCUCCCCUCUCUCCUCCUCCGAUUCUCUCUCUCUCCUCUCUCUCUACUCUCUCUCUCUCUCUCUCUCUCCUCUCUCUCUCUCUCUCUCUCUCCUCUCUCCCUCGCUGCUCUCUCCUCUUCCUCUCCCUGGUCUCUCCUCGCUCCUCCUCUCCUCUCUCUCUCCCUCUCUUCUCUCUCUCUCUCUCUCUCCUCUGAUGUUGUGUGGCCGGGAUGGGGGAUAUGUUGAUGACCCGAUGACCCUCUCUGUGGACCCCAGAACCCAGCGUCCUGGAGAGACCUGGAUGACGCUCACUCCACGCCCUCCGUGGGCACCCCUGGGCCCUCCAGUGGGGGCCACGUCUCCCAGAGUGGGGACAACAGCAGUGAACUCGGUAAGAGACCCAUAGCUUCUCUUUAGACUCUACUCCAUAUCAAAGGUUUUCCUCAGUGCUGACCUCAUACAAAGGCAAUGGUAUUUUCUCUACUUGUCGGCUGUAGAUCAAACUUAGCCUCUCCAAAGAUCCGAAUGAUAAGCAGUUAUCGUUGCUCUAUCCUUAUCAUUCAGAUGAAGUUGAGAUAAGAGGUUGUUGCUGAAUCAACAGAUAGUUUACUGGGUUUUGAUGGUGACUUUGUAGUUUUAUCACCUAUCCAGGUCAGGUGAUAAAAUUCAAAAGUUUAAUCUGAUAUGAUAAGGGUCAUUAUUGCCAAUUACUGGUUUUGCAUGAUUGUGUCCAGUAUUGUUGUAUAAUAGCCUACUUGGUUUUCUGUCCGUGUGGCGGCUGUUCAUUUUGCCUGUGAUGAGCUCAGUGGAGGCUGUAAGGGUUUUACCACUUGUUUUUGUUUUUCUCUCCUACGGCCACAGUAAAAAUAGAAUACUUCAAAGCAACUUACCACCCUCUGCCCAUCAGGCAUCAAUAACAGAGCAUUGAGCUAAACAAUGGGAGGAUGCUUUGCAAGACAAGAGCAGUUCAGAGGAUGAAAGGACAGUCAGAAAAAAAUAUUAAGUUCUGAUUUUACCACAGUUUCUUCACUUAUCCUAACUAUCUGAAAAACAUGUUCAAUGAAUUUCACUUAGCCUAAUAUCCAUGGCAUGUUUAAUGUCAUUGUAUGCCCGAACACAGUAACACUGACUAUAUGACUUGUAUUGUCAGCAAAGAGAGGGGAAGAGCAUGGUGUGAAUGGCUUUUUCCUUGGUUCCUCUAGAGUUUUUAUUUUUUAUUUUUUAAACAACAGCGGGGGGACACCCAAAGUCCAUGCCUCCCUGCCCUUUUGACCUGGGUAGAGAAUGCAUAGAGGCUGGGGAAGCACAAUCCCCCCUGCCGUGGAGCUGGGAAGGACAGAGCCACUUUAUGUAUGGAGGAACAAAGGGAGAAAAAGCCCCAGAAUGAUCAGAGGCCCAGUCAUAGUGACUGGUAGCAGGAUCUGAUGCUGCCCUGCCUACCCCCUACUCCCCCUGCUCCUCCUGCUACUCCUCCUGCUGCUCCACCUGCUCCUCCCUGCUCCUCCUGCUCCUCCUGCUGCUCCUCCUUCUGCUCCUCCUGCUCCUCCUGCUCCUCGCCUCCUGCUGCUCCCCCUAUCCUCCUUCUGCUCCACCUGAUCCCCCUGCUCCUCCUUCUGCUCCCCCUGCUCCUCCUGCUGCUCCCCCUGCUCCUCCUGCUGCUCCUCCUUCCUCCCCUGCUCCUCCUGCUCCCCCUGCUUCCCCUGCUGCUCCCCCUGCUCCUCCUGCUACUCCUCCUAUACCUCCUGCUGCUCCCCCUGCUCCUCCUGGGGCCUCUUUGCUCUUUUUUAUCCCUUGUUUUAAUCCCUUGUUUUCAUCCCUUGUUUUCAUCCCUUGUUUUCAUCCCUUGUUUUCAAGGGGAUGAGGAAAGUAAACACUUUUAACAUAGGAAGGGAACUGGGGGCCAAAGCAGGGCCUUUCCGUCAGUAAUGCAGGCCUGGCUAGGAGAUUACUGAUGCUCUUCAAAGUACCUACUAUGAGGGAGCUCCUAUUGUCCUAAUGGACAUUAGUCGUGGUUGUUUGGGCCAAUGAUAAAAGCCUUAAAAUGGUUAACCUACAUUCUUAUCUAAUGGGGGAGCAUCAUGGUUAGUGUGGUUGCCACGUGGUAUCAACCACAGGUAGUUGAUAUGUGGUUGGUUGGUUGGUUGGUUGGUGGUGUAGUUAUGGCUUUGUGGCUAUGUUAGCCGUAUGGCUAACCACUAACCCAUUGGCUUAUACAGUGUUUGGUUGUUUUCUUGUAAGCUGCGUGAUAUGCAGAGGGGAAUGUCUUUGAUUCCACCUCCCCCAGAGUGACUCUCAGAUAAAUGGGUCACAGGGACAGUUCUAAAAGGGAUGAGCUAUCCUAGGAAUGUUUUUUGGGAGGCAGGGCUUGGAAUGUCCAUCACAAAGUCAAAAAUAAAAAACGAAAGGAACCCAAGGGGAGCUAGCUGCUGUGAAGCCGCAGUACACUAGCGUUUAAAAAGAGGGCAAUGCAGAGAGGGAAGAAACAGGAUGCAGUCAGUGCAUCUUUUUGUCUCCUCCGGAUACCACCGAAGAUGGAAUCCAGAACUGCUGGUGGUGACAUACCAAUGACACUGCAGGCUAAUGUCCCCAUUUAACCUGUCACAAGAUGUUCUCACGAAUAACAAGGGAGUGAGGCACAAGAACUAGAAGUGUUCAUCUCAAUCUAACCCUUACCAAUCACCACUCAAAAUCAAUAGGAUAUAGGCCUAUAGGGGGAACGAUUCUAGAUCUAUUCAUCAACAUCAAUAUAGGAUUCCCAGUGUCUUGGAAAGCUUCCAGACAACAGCUCCCAUUUAGCAGUGUGCAUCAUGGGUAAUAACAGGAGGGGCUGGGAAGUGUCAUUGGUGAUGGAUCAGGUCCAGGUGAGCUCAUUAGGCAAGCUGCACUGGGUUCCCAUCACUGAUGCAGGCCGGGAUACAGCGAUCAGUUCUGUUUGCUAAUAGCUCACCCUGCACUUUGUCUGAUAUGGAGAUGUCAUCAUGUGGAUUCUCUUGCCUCAUCUAGUUGUCCCAGUUUAUACCUAACCGUAGGAGCACUGGUCUCUGAUGUUGUUGAUGAGAGAGAGAAAAGGAGAGAGAGAGAGAGCGAAAGAGACAUGUACAUGUACACAAACAACAAGUGUGCGGUUAAAAUUGGCAAAAAACACACACAUUUCUUUCCACAGGUCCAUGGGGUGAGACAGGGAUGCAGUUUAAGCCCCACACUGUUCAACAUAUAUAUCAACGAAUUGGCGAGGGCACUAGAACAUUCUGCAGCACCCGGCCUCACCCUACUAGAAUCAGAAGUAAAAUGUAUAAUGUUUGCUGCUGAUCUGGUGCUUCUGUCACCAACCAAGGAGGGCCUGCAGCAGCACCUAGAUCUUCUGCACAGAUUCUGCCAGACCUGGGCCCUAACAGUAAAUCUCAGUGAAACAAAAAUAAUGGUGUUCCAAAAAAGCUCCAGUUGCCAGGACCACAAAUACAAAUUCCAUCUAGACACCGUUGCCCUAGAGCACACAAAAAACGAUACAUACCUCGGCCUAAACAUCAGCGCCACAGGUAACUUCCACAAAGCUGUGAACGAUCUGAGAGACAAGGCAAGAAGGGCCUUCUAUGCCAUCAAAAGGAACAUAAAAUGUGAAAUACCAAAUAGGAUCUGGCUAAAAAUACUUGAAGCAGUUAUAGAACCCAUUGCCCUUUAUGGUUGUGAAGUCUGGGGUCUGCUCACCAACCAAUAAUUCACAAAAUGGGACAAACAUCAAAUUGAGACUCUGCAUGCAGAAUUCUGCAAAAAUAUCCUCUGUGUACAACGAAAAACACCAAAUAAUGCAUGCAGAGCAGAAUUAGGCCGAUACUUGCUAAUUAUAAAAAUCCAGAAAAGAGCUGUUAAAUUCUAUAACCACUUAAAAGGAAGUGAUUCCCAAACCUUCCAUAACAAUCCAUCACCUACAGAGACAUGAACUUGGAGAAGAGUCCCCUAAGUAAGUUGGUCCUGGGGCUCUGUUCACAAACACAAACAGACCCCACAGAGCCCCGGGACAACAACACAAUUAGAACCCAACCAAAUCAUGAGAAAACAAAAAUAUAAUUACUUGACACCUUGGAAAGAAUUAACAAAAAAACAGAGCAAACUAGAAUGCUAUUUGGCCCUAAACAGAGAGUACACAGUGGCAGAAUACCUGACCACUGUGACUGACCCAAAUUUAAGGAAAGCUUUGACUAUGUAGAGACUCAGUAAGCAUAGCCUUGCUAUUGAGAAAGGCCGCCAAAGGCAGACCUGGCUCUCAAGAGAAGACAGGCUAUGUGCACACUUCCCACAAAAUGAGGUGGAAACUGAGCUGCACUUCCUUACCUCCUGCCAAAUGUAUGACCAUAAUAGAGAUACAUAUUUCCCUCAGAUUACACAGAUCCACAAAGAAUUUAAAAAAAGACCCAAUUUUGAUAAACUCCCUUAUCUACUGGGUGAAAUACCACAGUGUGCCAUCACAGCAGCAAGAUUUGUGACCUGUUGCCACAAGAAAAGGGCAACCAGUGAAGAACAAACACCACUGUAAAUACAACCCAUAUUUAUGUGUAUUUAUUUUCCCAUUUGUACUUUAACUAUUUGUACAUUGUUACAACACUGUAUAUAUACACAAUAUGACAUUUGAAAUGUCUUUAUUAUUUUGGAACUUCUGAGUGUAAUGUUUCCUGUUAAAAUUUAUUGUUUAUUUCGCUUUUGUUUACUAUCUACUUCACUUGCGUUGGCAAUGUUAACAUACGUUUCCCAAGCCAGUAAAGCCCUUGAAUUGAAUUAGAAUUGAAUUGAAUUGAGAGAGAGAGAGAGAGAGAGAGAGAGAGAGAGAGAGCCCGCCCCAGGCAAUACUCUAGCCUUCCCCACGGCAGCAGGCCCCCCCAUGUCACGAGUGCAGACACUAGGGCAGGCAGGGAGGGAGGCAGGGAGGGAGGGAGGGAGCGGGGCAGGCAGGCGAGGGGGCUAGGCCACGGGAGGAGCGUUCCACGGGUACGAUUUUGAGAGUAGUGCACCGUCACACUGGUUAGAUUGGCUGAGUUGCCAGGGAACAGUCAGAAGCGAUUACCGUAGCAGAGGAUCUGCCCUGCGGCCUUCCCUCUCUGGAGCAGGAAAAAAGAGAGGGUUGGGGUGAGAGGAGGAGGGGGGCCAGGAGGGGUUAACGCUCUUGAAAUAUAAUUAGGCCGUGCUGGUGACUUCUGGCUGUUCUGGCUAUUCUGGCUGUUCUGGUUGUUCUGGCUGUUCUGGUUGUUCUGGCUGUUCUGGUUGUUCUGGCUGUUCUGGUUGUUCUGGCUGUUCUGGCUGUUCUGGUUGUUCUGGUUGUUCUGGCUGUUCUGGCUGUUCUGGUUGUGCUGGCUGUUCUGGUUGUUCUGGCUGUUCUGGUUCAUUCUGGUUAAUUCUGGUUAAUUCUGGCUGUUCUGGUUCAUUCUGAUUCAUUCUGGUUCAUUCUGGUUCAUCCUGGUUGUUCUGGUUCAUUCUGGUUCAUUGUGGCUGUUCUGGCUGUUCUGGCUGUUCUGGCUGUUCUUGCUCAUUCUGGCUCAUUCUGAUUAAUUCUGGUUGUUCUGGCUGUUCUGGUUCAUUCUGGUUCAUUCUGGUUGUUCUGGUUCUUCUGGUUGUUCUGGUUGUUCUGGUUGUUCUGGUUCAUUCUGGUUGUUCUGGUUCAUUCUGGUUAAUUCUGGUUAAUUUGGUUGUUCUGGUUCAUUCUGGUUCAUUCUGGUUGUUCUGGUUCAUUCUGGUUCAUUCUGGUUGUUCUGGUUCAUUCUGGUUGUUCUGGUUUUCAUUCUUUCUCUCAUUUUCUUUCUUUUCUUUUUCUCUCUUACAUUAUUUUCAGUUAUUUGGUUCAAAAACAUAACUAAUGAUUUAAAAUCAACAAAUGUUUAAUCAUUGAUAGGUAUCAUUUUUUUAUUGAUUAUUUCACCACUCAAGGCAUUUCUGAAAAGAAUGUCUCUUCCAGCCUGUGAGACAGGACAUUAACUGUCCUCUCUGAAACGACAGAUCUCUUCAACACCAUCCUCCAAGUACUCUCUUCCUACAACAAACCUAAUUUCUAUCAGUCAUAAGACCGACAACUUAGAAAAGAAAACUGUUAUAACAGCUUGUUAUAACAUCUAUAAAUAGAGAGGGUGAGGAAUAGAGGCCAAACAACCUGCCCUGUCAUGUCCUUGACUUAGACUACACCAUCUGUCAGAACACCUCCCCACCCCCACACAACCCCACCCCACUCAGUCCAACUCAUCCUUUUUAAUGUCAAUAUUCAUUAGCUGAAAUAUUUAUGCAUGAUUAUGGGUGCAUAUAUAGAACCCCUUUGAUUGAUGCAUCCCCAAAAACAAAAAGACAUGCCAGGGCAAAUCUUAUGAAAAGUAGGGUUCCAGUCCCGCCUCCGGGGAGGAGUUUCUCAGAUGCAUUAUUCACAUGCCCUCCAGGCAGGCUUUCAAGGCAUCUCUGCCCCGAGGGCAAGAAAAAUAACCACCACUGUUAAAAGAAAAUCAUCUCGGCUGAUGCACAAUUAAUGGUGGAGAGGGAGAAGGAAAGAGACAGAGAGAGAGAAAGAGAGAGAGAGAGAGAGUGCACAGAGGGUGCUGUGAUGGAGAGCAAUGGGGAGCGAGGGCAGGGGCAGAAGCCGCGGAAAUCUCAGUUUAAAAUGGAGCCUUCUAGCCUUGAUCCGUGCGACGGUUCCCAUUGAAAUCGAAUGAGGACGCCAGGCUAAUAAUGCCAGUAGGAGAGAGAUGCUGUGUGCAUGUGUGUUGUGUGGCUGUGUGUGUGUGUGUGUGUCACAGUGUGAGUCAGACAAUCCAACACAGACAGACUGGAGGGGGGUGUGAAGAUGGAAGGGGUAGGGUGGGUCACUGAACACAUGGGGGGCUUGAGGGGGAAUGACCGCAACCCCGCAGCCCCAUAACACCCCCCUCCAUCCAUCCAAACAUCCUUAGCACACAUAGCCCUGCUUUCAACUUCACAGGUGAGGGGGUUUGUUAUGUUGUUGUGAUGUCAUACCUUAACCAUGAGGUCACAACUGUUCUUUUCGUUAUUGUGACUUUUCUUCCUUUUUUGUCUACAACUAAACCAUUUGUCUAUAAAAAUAUGAACGCAACAUGUAAAGUGUUGGUCCCAUGUUUCAUGAGCUGCAAAAAGCUUAUUUCUCUCAAAUUUUGUGCACACAUUUGUUUACAUCCCUCUUAGUGAGCAUUUCUCCUUUGCCAAGAUAAUACAUCCACCUGACAGGUAUGGCAUAUCAAGACACUGAUUAAACAGCAUGAUCAUUACACAGAUGUGCUGCGGACAAUAAAAGGCCACUCUAAAAUGUGCAGUUUUGUCACACAUGUCUCAAGUUUUGAGGGAGCGUGCAAUUGGCAUGCUGACUGCAGGAAUGUCCACCAGAGCUGUUACCAGAGAAUUUAAUGUUCAUUUCUCUACCAUAAGCCGCCUCCAACAUCGUUUUAGAGAAUUUGGCAGUGCGUCCAUCUGGCCUCACAACCACAGACCACGUAUAACCAUGCCAGCCCAGGACCUCCACAUCUGGCUUCUUCUCCUGUGGGAUCGUCUUGAGACCUGUCUGUAAUAAAGCCCUUUUGUGGGGAAAAACAUAUUCUGAUUGGCUGGGCCUGGCUCCCCAGUGGGUGGGCCUGGUUCCCAAGUGUGUGGGCUAAUGCCCUCCCAGGCCCACCCAUGGCUGUGCCCCUGCCCAGUCAUGUGAAAUCCAUAGAUUUGGGCCUAAUAAAUGUAUUUCAAUUGACUGAUUUCCUUCUAUGAACUGUAACUUAGUAAAAUCUUUGAAAUUGUUGCAUGUUGCGUUUAUAUUUUUGUUCAGUAUGAAUAAAAAUGCUGCUGCCUGCACAUUGUGUCCGGCCACGGCUCUAACAGUCAUUACUCAUGUCAAACGUGCAGCUCUGAUUGAAUUAAUAGCUCAGAAUUUUUUAUUGAGCUCUGUCACUACAGUAUAUGACCCUCUACACUAUCCAGAACUAUAGCAGAGUGUGGAUAAGGUGGUGCAAAUGUGUGAAGAUGUGGAAUCUUCUGUUGCUAUGCUGUUGCUAUGCCCUAGACCUCUGCUACCCUUUCAGUGUGUGUCUCUGGCGAAUGGAGGUGGUGUGAAUGGAGGUCAUGUGAAUGGAGGUGACGUGAAUGGAGGUGAUGUGUCUAAAUCAAAGAGUUCUCCUAACAUAUCCGUUCUCUUAUCUCAGGAGACGGCCUCGACAACAGUCUGGCGUCGCCAGGGCACAGGAGACGAGGACGACCAGGACAAGAAGAGGCAGAAGAAGAGAGGCAUCUUCCCCAAAGUGGCCACCAAUAUCAUGCGAGCGUGGCUCUUCCAGCACCUUACAGUAAGACAGCAUGCCCAACCUAGCGUCUAGCUCCAGCCCGAACCAGUCUCCAUUACUGGGGUGGUUUUGGUUCAUGUACCCCAAUCACGUCUUGCUCUGCGCAAAGUACACCCUCAUUUGCAACCUGUCAUGACUGUCAUCCAUUUAACCAUGAAGCCUAUGUUUUGUACGUAUCUUGUGAAUCUUCCACAUUCCCCAUGCGGGUAGGCCAAGUACUCCUGGGGGUAUUAGUAAUACAAGUUACUGCAUCCAACACAGGGGCUUCGGUCUGUGGCUUUGUAGUCCUUCACCGAACGGUUUUCCCUGUGAUGUUUUCUUUGUAAAAAAAACUGUAAUUGUGGCUCUAGGGAACAGUGUGCUGUAAAAAAGACAAGUAGUGUAUGUUGUCUAACUGCAGCCUCUCCGUCAUACAACACUUGUUAGGAAUGAUACCACUUUACUGAGCGUCUGAACUACGUUUUACAAAAACAGAAUAGACUACUUUCCCAGAAUGCAACUCCUCUGUUCACGCUCAGAAGGACUAUCUGACAGUCCAACGACUUCCAACCAAUCAAGUUUCACCUUUUUAUCUCCGGGCCCAAUAGACGGCGUCACUGUCUCUAACUCCUCCUCCUCCUCCUCCUCCUCCUCCUCCUCCUCCUCCUCCUCCGGUUUUCUACUUUUCUCCUCUCCCAACUCUUAGAUGUUUUCAUAUGUCCUUAUUUGUUUCCUGGGUGAACAGCUCUCACACAUCUCCUGUACAGGCAGGAAUCCUUUCCUCUAACAACCUUUAGAAUCGACGGAUAGAAAAAUAAGAGGGAAAGGAGGGCUAAUUGAAUGAUCCCCUCUCUGUUCCCUGUCUCUUUUCAGCCUUACUGGUUAAGCACAAGUGUUAGUCAUGGAAGGAUGUGCCUCGUGAACACGGUGUGAGGGGGACUUUGGCCCCUCAAUGUCCUCUGAAUGGUCCCAUUCGCAACAUGUGUGAAUUGUGAAAGGAGACGGAUUAUGUUUCGUCCCGACUUUACCGUCGAGGCUGGGGUCUGAGGAGGGGAAAGGGGGUCUUUCUCUAGAUAGUCUUAGUCCUUCAGCUUUUGUGCCCCUGUUCUGAGAAGGAACUCUAAAGAUCCUCCUCUACAAAGGUACAGAGAAAGCAGCAGUGGAAGAUUUAGAUUCAUUCUAGGAUUCCUUAUUGUCCCAUUAGAUUCAUUCUAGGAUUCCUUAUUGUCCCAUUAGAUUCAUUCUAGGAUUCCUUAUUGUCCCAUUAGAUUCAUUCUAGGAUUCCUUAUUUUCCCAUUAGCAUGGCCAGAGAGUAACUGUUGGUUUCCAUGCGAGCCAUGCUGUCUGAAGACCUCCACCUACAUGCUGAUUGAGAUAGAUCUUUGUGAAGCUCUCUUAACGCCAAUGUAUUGAAUUAGUUACAACAAACAUACACUGCAUUUAGCAAAAAUACAGCUAUAAAAAGCUGCUCUUGUUCUACCAUGAGGCACUAUUGGAGCUCAAAGGAAUAAGUAUUGUUUAACCACAGCUCAAUGACAGGUGACCUGAGUAAAGUAGCAUACCUGAUAAGGGUUAUACAUUGGAGCGAGGCCUCAAUGUGACAACACUCUUUGGAUUGGACUGGAGACAUUAGCAGAAGGUUUUAUUUAGGAAGACAGAGAGGUUCUGCUGGGUUGAGGGAGGAGCACUGAGCCAUCCGUCACUAGACUGUCAGCCACCAAGCUGGGAGGUGACCAUGACGAUCACUUGUGGCAACAAUGGCUUUUGUCACCACCAUUGCGGUUUAUGUGUGUCUGUGUGUGCGCUGUGUGUUUGUGUGUGUGUGUGUGUUCGUGCGUGCGUGCAUGCAUGCGCUUGUGAGCUUGUAUGCGUGCAUGUGUGUGUGCUCUGUGUGUGACUGUGUGUGUGUGUGUGCUCUGUGUGUGACUGUGUGUUUGUGUGUGCUCUGUGUGCGCCUGUGUGUGUGUGCUCUGUGUGUGACUGUGUGUGUGUGUGUGUCUGAAAGGCCUGUUUAAAAAUGAUGUGCUUGGGAGCUCAUCCCUCACCCGGUGACCACAGGAGGUGGCUGAGGCCCUGACAGCGCCCACCACCCUGUACCCUGUAAAUGGGCAAACUCUGUCUGCAAUCUGCCGCCCUCCUCCCUCUGACACACCGCCAGCAGCGAGGCAGGGGACAGGGAGACAGGGGGACAGGAGCCGGGCCCUAUUCAGGCCCUAACAAAGGUGGCCAUUGUGUUCCUUUGUAUCACAUCUGAUCAUUUGUCAAAUCAUGUCAAAUAAUGCCACACGCUUUGAGCCCAAAGUGGUUGGGGGCCAAUCAGUGGUCAGUCUUGGUUGUUCACUUGUGCUUAUGCUAACUAGAGAGAUAGACUUGUGUGUAUAUUAGCCAAGGGUCACUGUGGAUGUGAGUCAGUCACUGGGCGUGAUUACAUUUCCUGAGUUUGACUUUCCCUUAGGGUGUGAAUGGAAAGACCCUGGUCGUAUGUGCGGUGUGUUUCUGUCUAGACAUGAUCGUUCUAAAUGAAUGCAAGCUGGGUGUUUAUUUAUUUUUUGACUGAAGAUGUUGUUUUUUCUGUCCUCCAUCUACCACAGCACCCUUACCCUUCAGAGGAACAGAAGAAGCAGCUAGCACAGGACACAGGCCUCACCAUCCUGCAAGUGAACAACUGGUGAGUAGCUAACCCCCAAGGCCCCACGCUAACCCUAACCCUUGUGCUUCAUUCUCUCCUUUCUUUCUUCCUUUUCUUCUUUCCUUCUUACCUCCUCCCAGGACUGGCUCAUUGUCUCCUGUCUAAAUCUAUGCUACAGCCAUGUUUUUGGAGAAGCCAGCACAUUCUAAACUCAGCUCUUUGGAAUUGGAACUAAAAUGGAAGUGUUAUACAUACUCAAUCUAUCUUCACCGUCUGGUGGACACUCUGAAACAUUAACAGGGAGAUGUAUCCCCCCCCCUCCCCCCCCCUCCCCCCCCCCCCCCCCCCCCCCCCCCCCCCCCCCCCCCCCCCCCCCCCCCUCCCCCGCCCUCCCCCUCCCCUCCCCUCCCCCCGCUCUCCCCCCCUUCACAAUCCCUCAGCCUCAUUUUACAUGUAUGACAUGAUGGAUUAAAGCAUCUUUAAGGCCCGACAACUCGGCCCCUUUGUAGAUGGCUUAGCACAUUUUGGGAAGGGGGGUGGGGUCCAAUGUAAUGAUCACAGUGGAAAGAGGAACAUAUUUAGGGGAGUUUGGGAUUUGGUUUCGAGGAUACAUUUCUGGUGUCUUAUCUAAAAGGCAUCGUUUUACUUGGAGCUUACACAGGGUCAGGUUUGGAAUAAUUGAUAUGACUUUGGCUUCUCACGAUUAAUCCUCCCCCAUCCCAGAGUCCAUGGUAGGGUCUUCUUUAAGUGUAUUGGGUUCUCAACACACCUAAUUACAUAGACCUGCACCUCUAAUCCCGAGGAGUUAAGAAUUCUAUAAGUUUUAUUCAUGGCUCUACUUCAAUACACUUAUUAAAGCAGGCGAAUGCUUAGCUUACCUAUCUGUCUGUCCUGUUGGGUAAAGUGGUAUGUCUCUGACCGAAAUUGGCCAAACGUUUAGCUUUAUUACAGCCUGAGGCUGAAGGGGCUAAACCCAAAUCAAUAGAUCUGGUAAGCUAUGUGGCUGUCUCCUAAUACCCCAGAUCAUGUCAAUAAGAAUAAGACUGAUUAUAAACCUAAUCCUUGAAGACACGAGAGAUUGGAAUGCUAGUAAAACUGGCGUAGGAAAUUGUCAGAUUCUGUUUGAUUGUGUAUAGUUAUCUUUAAGGAAAACUCCACCCAAACACUAUAUAUUUUUAUUUGUUUCAUUAGUCCGUUGUUGAUAUAGUCCCAAAAUGUUUUGCAUGUCAACAAUCAAGUUUUCAAGAUAUUUAACUUUCAAAAUACAGAAAUCUGGCCCGUAUGAUGCAUUUAGCAUCAUAUGAUGGACAAUGGACUAAUGAAACAAAUACAAAAAGAUAGUUUUUGGGUGGACUUUUCCUUUAAGCAGACCAGGGAGAUAAAUGCAAAGGAGAUCUAAAACCAAGGAGAAGCUUCAUGGACUGUACAUUCCAUGUUGGUUUGAAUUUUCUCGCCAUUCUCUCUCACUUCUCUCUUCCUCUCCAGGUUCAUCAACGCCAGGAGGAGAAUAGUACAGCCUAUGAUUGACCAGUCUAACAGAGCAGGUAAACCACUAUUUCAAUUGGUUUAUAUUAAUAAGAUACAAUGGCAAUGUUUCCCAUGUCAUGUUUUUAAUUGUACUAUACUGCAUGAUUUUGUAAUGUAGAUAAGGAUGUUUUGAAUGCCACUUUUAUUGUAAUGGUUUAUCUCUUCUGUCUUUUGGCUUCGACACAUACUGACCCAUAAAAAUAUAAUUAUAAUCUAGUAUUAUAUCUCUAUACUGACCCAUAGAAAUAUAAUUAUAAUCUAGUAUUAUAUCUCUAUACUGACCCAUAGAAAUAUAAUUAUAAUCUAGUAUUAUAUCUCUAUACUGACCAAUAGAAAUUUAAUUAUAAUCUAGUAUUAUAUCUCUAUACUGACCCAUAGAAAUAUAAUUAUAAUCUAGUAUUAUAUCUCUAUACUCACCCAUAGAAAUAAAAGUAUAAUCUAGUAGUAUAUACUGACCCAUGUCUGGUUUAUGUUACAUCCACAGUGGGCCAGGGGACAGCAUACAGCCCUGACGGGCAACCAAUGGGAGGCUUUGUACUCGAUGGACAGCAACACCUGGGGAUUCGGCCUGGUGGUAACUAAGCAACCUUUAUUCUCACCCUGUUAUCUGUUCCUUUCUACCAAUGUAGCGUAGAAUCUGUUUAUGUUCUGUUUGUCUAUUCAUGGGUUAUUAUUGUAUAUUGUUAUAUAAACCUGUGUUUGCACCAUGUAAUUAGUUCCCCUCUCUGUCACUCAUUCUGCAGGACCAAUGGGUGGAAUGGGAAUGAAUAUGGGGAUGGAUGGUCAGUGGCACUACAUGUAAACCCUCUCCAACCGAGGCAAGCCUGAAGAAGAAGAUGGAGAAGUAAACACUGCCUCAAUCUCGCUCCCCUGUUAAAUUUUCACCCACAAGUCCCCCUCCUCCAUUGUUCCUCUAUCCCUCUCCAUCACUUCAUCUCUCUCUCUCUCUUUCUACAUUUUUCACCCUCUCUCACUCAUCUGCUCUCCUUCUCACCCCCUUCCUCAAUCGUUCCUUGAUCCCUCUCCAUUCCAUCUCUCUCUCUUUCUAAAUGUUUCUCUCCUCUCCAUCCUCCUCUCCUUCUCGGGGCCCAAUCUGAUUAAGUGUGGGGUUCUCAACUCCCUCGGUCCCCCUCCAGCCCUAUCAGCUCUCUGGCCCUGCUGACAGUUCACAAAUCAAGACGUAUCGCCUGCCGGAGGCACUGGAGCUCACCAGAUUUUAUUUAACACCCACACUCCACUGCUCAAUGAGCCACGCUAUAAUGACACUUACCUUGAUUAAUUGAGCUCUUUAUAUGUAAAUAGGGAGUCCUGUGUUCGCCUCAAUCUUCACCGGGCGCCAAUUCCGCCAACACAGCUCCUUUUCCCUUCCCGACAAUUCCCUGAUUUUGCUAAUCAAGUCCAAAGAGCAUGAUGGUGAUAGCAGCGAGGGUGCACCGCCUAAAUUUAUAAUACAGUCCACAUAGAGAUAUCUUAUUCACUCAAGCUGAAUAAUAAUAUAAUUUUGAGACUAUUUCAUCCAAUCAUUUCUCAUUGAAUGAUCAUUGACCGGUUACUGUAAUGGCAUAAUACAGGAGGCUGUUCUCCUCCCCUAAUUUAAUCUGUGGUGAGACCGUAUGCUGAUUGUGAUGGCUGUACACUUACCCAAGGGUUCCAUGUGGGGUUGUUUUGCAGUAAAAUGCAGUUAUCCCAUGCAUAAUGGAGUCAGAGCCAUAACAUUUGUCUAUUAAAAGAUCCCUUAAGAAUUACACCACUGAACCAGCAAUGUCCAAAUGUAUGUACAUGCUGUAAGGCCUAUAUCUGGCUCUGUCAUGUGUAGCAUUGUCUUUACCUUAUAAGAUUUAGGUUCUGUAUUUGCAGUGUGUUAGGGUAUGUUUGUAAAAGAGACUGACCCAGGCUUCUUCUUUGUGUUACAGGCCUCCAUGGUUUGCUCAGGGAAAAUCCUGCCACUUGGUCCAAUGAGCGCGUGACUCCGCCCCAGUCACACCUGUACCCGUCAUCGGACUACGCCCACCUCACCUCCCCACUGGAGCAUAGAGGACCACACCCACAUCUGCACAAACCCUGCCCACAUUGA